GAGCGUAUGCAAAUGAGUUGACUUUACAUAUAAUUGAGUAUCCAGGGAUUCCUAGAAGCAGAAUAAGAGGUCUGCCUACUGUGUAUAUAGAUAAAUAUGUAUUUAUAUCUUACCUGUUACGAUAUACAAAUCAGUAUUUGGUGUGGAAAUAGAUUUGAUUUCACCAAAACUCCGUCAAAAGGAGAGCAAAACGAAUUAUUUGUCUUCUUUGCCAUCGACAAAGCUUGCAGCGGAAGCGGAAGUCCAUAUCGUCAGGGGAAAGAAUUGCAGUUCUACCAAGACUAGAAUUGUUACCAUUUCGCUUUGAGAAACGAAUUUUCAUAAUUAUUAUGGAUUACCAAGUGAUUUAAUGGUGUUGUGAUUUAUUUCUUUACGGGAAUAAUUAUCAACAGCUUCUACACGUGCUUCUAAUUAAGACGAAUCUAAUUAUAUCAGAUGUAGUAAUACCUCGUGUUCAGGUGAACGUUGAUCUCUAUGAAUAACACGAAGCGACUUACAUGAUUUGUGAUUUAAUAUUUCUCUUGAUCACAGCUUUAGUUGGUUGAUCCCUAUUUUACAGGAAAGGGGGCAAAAAGCUUUGAAUCGAGGAACUUUGCUCGCCCUUCUUCAUAUUUCAUUUGUACCUUAGAUCGAAAGCACGAAUUGUUUGUAUGCCCCUUUGUAGCAAAUAUUGUGCGCAUUUCUACUAUCCAUGGUGGGAAAAACAAAGUGGAUUUCAAGAAAGGAUCCUGGUCAGAUCAACAAGUAUUCUAAUGAUUUACGGAUGACAUUGGCAUCAAAGAAAUGUUCUUUUAUAAUGAAUACAAUUUCAACAUUUUUCAUCUUUUAAAGUCUUGAGGAAAAGUUUACACAGAACGCAUCUAAGCCUAUUUCUAUAAAUCUUAGGUAGAAAUUCAAUGAAAUGUUUGCUCUGAACUGAGAUUAAUAGCAACAUUUUUCUAUUUCAUUAGCUGAUGCUUUGCAUUCUCAUUACUCUUUGAUGACUUUCUAAAUUUAUAGCAUCUUUAGAUAUCAGUGAAGUUUGCAGUGGAAAUGUUUGUAAGGAAUAAACUAUAAAAAGAAGGAUAAAGAUAGGAGUAAAAGUUUAAUGUGGUGAGAAAGGCCAAGGAUUGGAUCUAUUUUGAUUCCUCAGAGAAAUGCUGAAAAAUAUGCGAAAAUCAUUGUAUCAUUAUGAUAUCUUUGAUAAAUCAGCCUCAAGAAGUGAUGACUUAGAAAGACACAAGCGUACUCACACAGGAGAAGAACCGCUUGACUGUGAUAUCUGUGGUAAAUUAUUCACUACAAGCAGUACUCUAACUACACACAGACACAUUCACACAGGUGAUAAAUUGUUUCCCUGUGAUGUCUGUGGUAAAUUAUUCACUGCAAGUAGUGCCUUAAUUAUACACAAAUGUGUUCAUACAGGAGAUAAACCGUAUCCCUGUGAUAUCUGUGGUAAAUCAUUCACUACAAUUAGUAGUGUGACUAGACACAGACGUAUUCACACAGGAGAGAAACCAUUUCACUGUAAUAUCUGUGGUAAAACAUUUUCUGACGGAAGUGCCUUAAUUGUACACAAACGUGUUCAUACAGGAGAGACACCAUUUCACUGUAAUAUCUGUGGUAAAUCAUUCUCUGACAGAAGUGCCUUCAUUGUACACAAACGUGUUCAUACAGGAGAGAAACCAUAUCAUUGUUAUAUUUGUGGUAAAUCUUUCACUCAGAGCACUUGCUUAGCUAAACACCGAUGUUUUUAUACAAGAGAGAAGCUAUUUCAUUGUGAUACAUGUGGCAAAUCAUUCUCUAGGAGCAAUAACCUAACUAGCCACAGACAUAUUCAUACAGGAGAGAAGCCAUUUCAUUGUGAUGUCUGUGGUAAAUCAUUCUCUGAAAGAAGUACCUUAAUUAGUCACAAACGUAAUCACACAGGAGAUAAGCCAUUUCCGUGUGAUAUCUGUGGUAAAUCAUUCCCUACAAACAGUCAUUUAACUAAACACAGACGUAUUCACACAGGAGAGAAACCAUUUCAAUGUGAUAUCUGUGGUAAAUCAUUUUCUAGAAACUGUGCUUUAACUUCUCACAAACUACUACAUUAA